UAAUCACUGGUCUGUGCUCAGUCAUCAAAUGUAGCCGCCCAGCAUGAGCUCUACUGAGAGAAUGUUCCAGACCAAGGCUGUGGUCCUGAGGGCCCUCUUCUUGGCUCUUUUGUUGAGUCUCGCAGGAGCUGAGGCCAUCAAGGCGGACCAUGUAGCAGUUUAUGACAUAUUUGCACAGAUGCAAACACCAUCUGGUGACUGUGUGUAUGAAUUUGAUGGGGAUGAACAGUUCUAUGUGGAUUUUGACAAGGAAGAGACUGUCUGGGGGCUGCCGGAGUUUAGUGGAGUCUUCGCCUUUGAUGCUCAGGGAGCACUGCCCUACAUCGUCAGUUUGAAGAACAACCUGAAAGCUUUGAUCCAGCGCCCCAACAUCACCCAGGCCCCCAAUGAGCCUCCUGAAGUGACCGUGUUUCCCAAGAGCCCUGUGGAGCUGGGCCAGCCCAACGUCCUCAUCUGUCACAUUGACAAGUUCUUCCCCCCGGUGCUCAAUGUCACGUGGCUGAGAAAUGGACAGCCCGUCACUGAAGGAGCUUCUGAAACCACCUUUCUGCCCAGCACAGAAUUCAGAUUCCACAAGUUCCAUUACCUGCCCUUCAUUCCCACGGCCGAGGACUUCUAUGACUGCCGGGUAGAGCACUGGGGCCUGGACCAGCCGAGCAUCUGUCACUGGGAGGUGCAGGAGUCAGUCCAGGUGACCGAGAUGACAGAGACUGUGGUCUGUGCCUUGGGCCUGGCUGUGGGCCUGGUGGGCAUUAUUGUGGGCACCAUGCUCAUCAUAAGGGCUCUGUGCCCCAGCCAUGACCCCCAGGCCCAGAGGGACCUGUGAGUAUCUGUGGAGGUGACAGUAUUUACGAGAAGAAGAUGAACUUGCAUCCCAGCUGCCCUUGAACUCCAUCUCAGCUCCCUCCCCAGUCUGUCUCACUGACUGACUUGCUGAUCCUUCAAGUCCUUAUUUGGGGCCUAAAGCACUCAGUAAAGUUCUCAGUGAACAGAAGGCAACUUGAAGUGCUGCUGUUUUCAGCACCAUGGAGACAGCCCGGCCCUGGGCUUCACGCCCCUGCUUUUCUUUGAUGAGCCCUUUGCUGCCUCCUUCCUCAGAAUACCCCGAGGCCAAUAAAUUCUUGUGUGUUUC